ACAGGAGGCGGGGCCGGCGCGGAGUUGCCGCAGCGCCGCCGCCGCUUGUAAACAGAUCCCGCCCCACGUGACGCGCGCGCGGUACCUGCGCGGGCGCACCGGGCAUUGUCCGCCGCGGCGGCCGGUCGGUGACCAGGGGCGGCGGCAGCGCGCUCCCACCCGGAGAGGAGGCGACUUCUUGCUGUGCUGCCUCCCUCCCUCCGUCGCUGCUCCGGCGGGGAACUAGCGCAUCCUCCCCGCCUCGGCGCCUUCCCCCGUGCCCCCGCCGCUAAGAUGGCUGAUGGUGGGCAGUGAGGCGGCGCGCGGGGCUGCGGGGAGCCGUUGCCGACCGGCGCGCGGCGGGCCGGGCCGGGAGCAGGGGAGGGGGAGCGUGUGAGGAGCCGCGCAGCGCCAUGUCCGCCUUCGCCCUGGAGGAAACGCUGGAGGCCGACUGGGUGGCUGUCAGGCCGCACGCCUUCCAGGAGCGGGAGAAGCACAAGUUCGUCUUCAUCGUGGCCUGGAACGAGAUCGAGGGCAGGUUCGCCAUCACCUGCCACAACCGCACGGCGCAGCGCCAGCGCAGCGGCUCCCGCGAGCUCCGCCGCGGCGGCCCCGCCGAGGCCAGAGCCGCCCCCAAGGCCGGCAGCCCCGCGGCGCGCAGGGAGGCCGGCCUGCCGCGGGGGCCCUCGCGUCCCCGCCCUGAGCCGGGGCUGCGCAGUUCGGAGCGGGGCACAGCGGCCGAGGCGCUGCCGAAGAGCCCGCCGUGCCCCAAGAGCAACCCGGCCCGGAGGUCGCAGCGGGGCCCGGAGGCGGCAGGUGCCGCCGAAGAUCUAGAAGUGCUGGAGAUGGCAAAGGAGGAGGCGGCCGCCGCGCUGUCGCUGCUGCCCUCACCGUUGCAGGCGACCGAGCCGGCCGCCCCCGACGCCGAGCCCCCGGGGGAGGAGUGCAGCUGGGCCGGCCUCUUUUCCUUCCAAGACUUGAGGGCCGUGCACCAGCAGCUGUGCUCCGUGAACUCGGAGCUGGAGCCCUACCUGCCUGCCUUCCCCGAGGAGCCCUCGGGCAUGUGGACGGUGCUGUUCGGAGCUCCGGAGCUAUCCGAGCAGGAGAUGGACGCUCUCUGCUACAAACUGCAAGUUUACUUGGUCCACAGCUUGGAUACCUGCGGCUGGAAGAUCCUUUCGCAGGUGCUCUUCACCGAGACCGACGACCCUGAAGAGUAUUACGAGAGCCUGAGUGAGCUGCGACAGAAGGGGUACGAGGAGGUGCUGCAGCGUGCCCGCAGGCGAAUCCAGGAGCUUCUGGAAAAACAUAAGAACACGGAAAGCAUGGUAGAGCUGCUCGAACUGUAUCAAAUGGAAGAUGAAGCUUACAGUAGUCUUGCAGAAGCUACCACAGAGCUCUACCAAUACUUACUACAGCCAUUCCGGGAUAUGAGGGAACUUGCAAUGCUCAGAAGACAGCAGAUAAAGAUCUCAAUAGAGAACGACUACCUAGGCCCCAGAAGAAUUGAGAGUCUGCAAAAAGAAGAUGCUGAUUGGCAGAGAAAAGCCCAUAUGGCGGUGCUUUCUAUUCAAGAUCUUACAGUUAAAUACUUUGAAAUAACAGCUAAAACACAGAAAGCUGUGUAUGAUCGAAUGCGAGCAGACCAGAAAAAAUUUGGUAAGGCAGCAUGGGCAGCAGCAGUGGAACGUAUGGAAAAGCUUCAAUAUGCAGUUUCUAAGGAGACUUUGCAGUUGAUGCGUGCUAAAGAAAUCUGUUUGGAGCAGAAGAAACAUGCACUGAAAGAGGAGAUGCAGAGCCUGAAAGGUGGUACAGAAGCCAUAGCCCAUUUGGACCAGUUAGAAGCUGAUUAUUAUGAUCUACAGCUUCAAUUAUACGAAGUGCAGUUUGAGAUCUUGAAAUGUGAAGAGCUGCUGCUGACAGCACAACUUGAAAGCAUCAGAAGACUGAUGUCAGAGAAGAGGGAUGAAGUGGUAUAUUAUGACACUUACGAAAGUAUGGAAGCCAUGCUUGAAAAAGAGGAUGUGGCAACAUCUAUACACUUGCAGAAAGAGGAGCUACAAAAGUUACAACAAAAAAUCCGUCAGCUGGAAGCAAGGCGUGGACGUAUUUCAGCCAAGAAAGCCUACCUCAGAAAUAAAAAGGAGAUCUGUAUUGCAAAGCAUAAUGAAAAGAUCCAGCAGCGUCACCAGAGCGAGGAGGAGUACAAAAUGCACCAUACUGUUCAGCUAAAGCGAGAUCAAUUACAAGAUGAAGAGGAAAGAAAGAGCUCCUGGGUUAGUCAGGAACGACAGAAAACACUGGACAGACUUAGGACAUUUAAACAGCGGUACCCUGGGCAAGUAAUACUUAAAUCAACCAGACUACGGCUGGCUCAUGCAAGAAGAAAAUGUGCAGCCAGCUCAGUGUCCUGUGUCGAUCAGCCUCAAUCUUUGCCAGCAACUAUACAAAUCCAAGACAAAAGUGAAGAGGUGGAAUUGGAGAAUGCAGUUCAGCCUUUGCAAGUUCAGGAAUCCACGAGCUUAGAACAACUUCAAGAUAUGUCGUUACCUCCCAAUGGUGUUACCUCUGAACUGCAUCACAUUAGUACUUCCCCACUCACCAGUAGUGAACUUCAGCCAGAUACUGUUACUGUAGUACCACUUCCACCCACUUUGCCUCCACCACCUCCGCCUCCACCUUUGCCCUCCAAGGAAGAUGCCACCAAGUCCUUAGAGAAAAGCGAAACCUUUGUUAAACGUCAGAGUGAGGAGAAGGGAGUCCAGCACUCUUCUGGUGUCCCACCAGGUGCACAUCUGUUUGACAGCAGUCAGCUAGUCAGUGCCAAGAAGAAGCUUAAGAAGACUGGUGAUUUGGAGGGUUUACAGAGGAGGAGAGUGAGUUCCCCGAUGGAUGAAGUGCUGGCUUCCUUGAAACGUGGCAGCUUUCACUUAAGAAAAGUUGAGCAGAGGAGUCUCCCUCCUUUUCCUGAUGAAGAUGAUAGCAAUAACAUCUUGGCACAGAUCAGGAAAGGGGUGAAACUGAAGAAAGUGCAGAAAGAUGUUUUGAGAGAAUCCUUUACAAUUCUGCCUGAUACUGACCCUCUGACAAGGAGCAUCCAUGAAGCAUUGCGAAGAAUUAAAGAAGCAUCACCUGAAUCAGAGGAUGAAGAGGAGAGUUUGCCUUGCACAGAUUGGGAAAAUUAACCUGUGAUUCGCAGCCACUGAUGUGAGAAAAGAAACCUCAGUUGAAGAUUACUUUUCUUCAUUUCUGAAAAUUAAGAGCCAGCAGUUAUGACCAUCAAUUCCACAGGAGGCUUCCUUUGGCAAAGAAAGAGGCUUUCUUUGGCAAAUGAUUCAGUAUAUGGAAAAAAUGGCCUGAAAUGUUAAUUUUCAGGUCACUUUUUCCUUUCAGUUUGCUCAUAAAGUUCUUGUUUGGGCAGAAAGUUGUUCAGAUGUGCAUUUUAUAUAACCAAGAAUGCCCGAGUCUUAAGCACUUUUAAUAUUUGCUUUAGUAAUGUGUGGCCAGUUAAGUGAGGGGAGCAUUUUGAGUUGGGAAUACUUGCUGUUAGAGUAACUUUGGGAUUCGGCUGAAACAUCAAACCAGCUAUAAGAUGUCCCUCCACUACACUGAAUAUAUCAUCUGCUUGAAAAUCCAACUAAAUAGCUCCUUGCAGAGAAGCUUGCUGUAUAGCAGUGUGAUAUUCCGGAAAGAGCAGAAUUCCUAGUUGCACUACAGCAGCUGAAAUUCAGUAACAUACAGCUAUUCUUUUUUCUUCUUAGUUUGAGGAAGUGUGUGUCAGUAUGAAAAGUAACAAGUGACCACAGCACAAUGAGAAGAGUUGAAUUCAGUACCUAUUCAAGAAUGUGUUUGUUUCCAACAUGGUACAUUUAGCAAGACAUACUGCAUCACCUUUUUAGAAGGUUGGUUGUAGUCUGACACCUUUUUGAAGUAGACAUUUUCAUGCUUUUUAAAAAUACUAGCUAUGCUGAACCAAGUUAGUUGUAUUUCUGUCAUUUGUUAUAAGAAGCAGUAUUUUGUAACUUCAUACUUAAAAUUAUUUUUCCUCUUUUGGUUUAAAAUGGCUUUUGAUUACUCUAAGCAGCCUUUUUUAAAAAUUAUCAAAGCACUUAAACAUACUGAUAAUUCGGUUAUGAAAAUCAUGCUUCUCUUGCUGGUUUUCAUUAUUCCCUUUAGUGGCUGCAAAAAUGUUUGUAUUUCAUACCCAGAAUCCUACCAGCUGAAAAAAAAACAAUUCCCUUUUGAUCCUGAUUGUUGUCUUUUUAAAGGAGAGGUACAACUUCCUCUGCGGUGAAUACUUAGAAGUAAUCCUAAACUUCAUGACUAAUGGCUUCAGGCAGCUACUCUUACAAUACCACAAUACUGAGAGCUAUGUCAGUACAGAGAUACAAGGAGCCCUGUACCAUCUAGAAACUCCAUGUGAUAUUAAAGUCAGCCCAUUACAAUUCUGAGAAAAUUGAAUUUUCACUAGCUUUUUAUUUUUACUAGCAUGACAUACACUGUGAGAAAUACACAGUUGCUGUCUUUUGUGUCGUGUGGUCUAUUCACUCUUCCUCUUGUGACAGACUGUGUGGAUUUUUUGGGUUUUGGUUCUGUUUUUUUGAGUUAUGCAUUGUUGCCACCGUGUAAUGGAACCACAUACUGUGUUAAUGUUUGUAACAGAAAUUUCAUGUCUUACAAUUUUAUAUAUAAAGAGGAACAUGAGAACUUACCUUAGCAAUAGGCUAUGUAACCUAAAGGAACCUCAGCUCUUGGACCUGUCAGUUGUUCUGCUGUGGCUGCCCUACAGUUAAAGCUCUGUCAAACAUCUCAAAAGGAUGUCACUUUACCCUUGCUGUCAACAGGCAUUUUUUUUAACCUUGUUGCCUUAUUUAUAAAGUUAGUGAACAUUCAUUUUCAAAGCACCUGUAAGCAGCAUUACUAUAGAGUUGUAUCAAUUUUGCUGUAUUAGUCAUCAGGUCUGUGUUUCUCUGUCCUGAGAUCAGCUCUAUGAAAUGCUUGAUACUGCUUUCCAAGGACCUAAUACAAUAUGAUAUUUUUUUUCCUACACUGCUUCUCUGAACCCUGAGUUACGUGGUGUGGUUGCAAGCUGUCUAAUACUGUGUUCAUGCAGCCAUAACAGCCGUUCAUAAUCAUUUGACAUUACCUGUACCAUAAGCUGUGGUGUAUUUUUGCUCUACAUUUGUCUGUACUUCUGGUCACACCACAUGUUAAAACCAAGGUAAUCACAUUUUUAGCUAUAACACAAAGCAGAACUAUGAUGCAAUUCAGAUUAUAAAUUCAUCUGAAAUGUAGUGCUAAAUUAACAGUGGUGGUUGAGCAACACUUAUGUCCUUUUUUUCCUCUUCUCCAGUCUGCAGUUGUAUUCCUUAGAGUGUGCAUAUGGGACACUGGCAAAAUUCCAAGCUGUGGAAAAAUAGUGUAAUUUGAAAGUAUAGGUGCAGUGGUCCCCUUGCACAUUUCUGUCUACCACCGUGUUCUGAUUUAUCUAAAUAGCUCUGUGCUGUACCACACUACUGUUUUCAGAUUUGUUUGCCGUGUGAUCUGUCAUCUUUGCCUUGAAAAAUGUGUGCAUGAUUGAGAAAAAUUUCUGUCCUUAAUCUGUUUUAUAUUUAGCUGAAAUCCUAGAUUCCUGUAGUAGCUUAGUUUACAGAAAUGGAAUUCUCAUAUGAACAGGUAUUUUAUGUGCACACAGAAAGUAGUUGUUAUGCUGAGCAUAGGAGUUUGUAUCAGUUCAAAACUGCCAUCUUCAGUGGGGAAAGUGAAUGGGGUUUUUCCUCAUACUGCUAAAAAAAAAAAUCCUAGAUUUUAAUCUUCCCUGAGUCACUAGAUGUCACAAUUUCACAUAAUUCUCUAUUUUGAUAUAAAAAUUGUGCGUAUGUAGCCUACAGGCAUAAAACUUCCCAUCCUCUGUAAUGUGAAAUUUUGCAGUGGGAUGGCUACAGCAGCAAAUGGGGAAAGUUUAUAGUCACAAGAAACUUACAGAAAUUAUGACAGUCCUGUAUUGAGAGCGGUUCUUCCAUUGCUGAGAAAAGCUGUUAUAAUUGUCUUGGUCCUUGAGAAAUCUUAGCAAGCAGCUACAGAAAAAGCAUAUAAAUAUAUGCAAGGAAGGAGAGCCCCCAUAAAAAGAUCUUUCUGCCUAUUAUUAGUAUUUUUAAUUUGUGGCUGAACUUCAUUGUUGUGGCUGUGUUGUUCUAUUGCUAGUCAUUUAUCUUAAACAGUUUGUGAGCUUUCAGGCUUCUUCCAUUUUUAGAAACUUCUCUGUUCAAAUUAAAACUGUUUUAGUAUAGUGCAGCUGAUCCAGUGAGGUAAAGAGUUGGAAUGUGUAAUGUUUAUUAUGCAAAUGCUUAUGUGAGGACUGAAAAAAUCUUUUAUAAGUGGGAACAAGAAAUGAAAUGCUGAAUUUCUACUAAAAUAACCAAAAUGUAAGGUAAACAGCAAUAGUCUUUUGAUCAGAACUUUGGUUUCCAUCAACAUGAAUUUCAUACUCUCGCUCACAGAGGUUCCACAUGCUUUACAAAUGACCAGUAGUCUUACUUUAUUCACUUCACUUUACUAUAUUUUCAUAUGUUAGUCAAGUUACCUCUCUAGGGUAGAUGAAUGCUUUUUUUCUUAAACAUCACUUUUAAGGAUUUUUUAUUUUUUUUUUAAACUGACGGUGCAUUCUACACCAGACACCUGUAAAUAAAUUACUAUGAAUUAUAUGUUGUGUUCUUUUAUAGCUGCAUUGGGGAUAGAACUCAACAUACUUCACUAUGUUAUUUGUAAAGAAACAUUUUGAGUAUAAGCACUAUAUUCUGUAAUGUUUAAUAAUAAAGUAAUGACAGGUGCAUUUAUUGAAGAUGAAACUUAAUGAGGAAGCAGAAACUCUUAUUGCUUAAUGUUACCCUUAUUCUGUUGCACUGAAUUUCAAAAGUGUAAUUUGUAAAUCAAGUUUGCUCACAUGUGUAAUCAGAUAUUAUUUUCAUUGUAAUGCUUAUGCUAUUAAAUUACCUGGAUAUAUUUCUGGUAAUGAUUCCAUGAGCAUGGAGAAUAUGUUGUUAUGUCUAGUGCUACAGAAUUAAUGUUAAGAACAAGUGAAGCUUCUUGCAAAGAAAAGGAGUAAACAGAAGCACCUUACUAGGAGAGCACGUUGCACGAUGGUCAUCUUGACCUUGACUGUAAUUUGCUUUUUGGUGUAAUAAGCACAUUGACAUACUGUUACCAGUGCUGUAAAAAGUACACUAAUGGCUAUUUUUAACCUAUUAAUAUACUCUAAUUUAAAUCUUUCCUACAAAACGAAUUUAUAUUUAAUUGCUGCCUAAUACAUAAAUACUUAAAAUUAGAAUUUUUAGGAGGGUCAAGGGUGGGUGGGCAUGCCAGUGUAUUUUUGCAAGGGGCUGUUGUAUAUACAGUUCUUUGCACUUCCCAUUUGGUUUGACUGUUAUUCCAAACCUCCCAGCUCUGUAGUGAAUCUGCAACCUGACAUUUCUGUAUUUUUAUUAUGAUUCAGGUCUUUUAUAUUCUGUGGCCCAGGGCUUCAGAAUUUGACAGGAAAAGGUCAUUUUUCCAUUCCCAAAUGUGAAUACUAUUGUGUACCUCUAAUAUGGAAAAUGACCAAGCAAUGAAUUUUACUCUGCUGAUUUUCUAAUACUGGGUAUUAGUUAAAGCUGACAUCUAAGGCUACUAAUCAAUAGUGUGUCCAUUUGGAACAAGUAAAAAGGACGAUGGCCAUUUGGUGAGUACAGUCCAAACUCUGCAGAGAUUUGAUUCCAGAGACUGUCACCUAUUCGGUAAUUAGUUUGCUGUAGACUGGCUUGAUUUUCAGAUUUAGAAACAUAUUUUUGAUUUCUGAAUUGGGAAAUAGGCCUUGGGGAUUAGUGAUACUCACUUAACACCUCCUACUCUGCUACUGUGCUUCCUAUAUAUUUUGAAUUUCAUCUUAAGUACGUACAUCAUAAGAUGAAAGCUUAAGAAAUACAGGUGGCUGGAGGUUGUCUUGCACAAAUAAGGCUAGUGAAGUUUAAUGAAACCAACUUCUUUGUUAAGCUUGUUGAAUAAAUAAGGAAUAAUCAAAAAGAAAACCAAUUUGCUAUUCACUAGCUUUGUGCAGUAUUAUCAGUAGAUUCCAACACUAGUAGCACAUUGUGCUCGGCUUUAAGAAAGUUCUUUAACUCCAUUAUAUGCAAAAGGACAUAUUAAAUGCAUAUUUUAGUGUAAACGACUCUGCAAAUCUACUAUGCCUAAAAAUGCUUAAUGUUAUAAAGUGUUAAGCAACGAGUAUGUUUAAAAUAAAAAAGACAAAAAACUAAACAAACAUUUCUAGCAAUACCUAAAAACUAAAAGUUUUAACUGUCUGCUUUUUGCCCUUUUUUCUUUAGUGCAGCUUUUCUGCAAUGCAAGUUUACUGCUGUGUAUUUCAUGGUUUUUAUUAUCAUGACUCAGAAAUUUAAACCUGUACACAAAGUACUGCACUCACCUUCUUGUACAUGCGAUGUAACAUCAUACAGUUUUGGUGCUUUAAAAUGAUUCCUUUUUUCUUUAUUAAAGGAUAUUUAUUUGA